CUCCUUCAUACCUCUUCACUCAAAACUCAAACCCUAAACACAAAUCCUAAAUAAACCCUUUCUCUCUUCUCAAAUAAUCACUUUUUUUCUUCCAAUUUCAAUUCUCAAACCAAACAAUGCCUGCUUUUCCAGAAGAACCCCUUCUCGCCCCUAACCCAGACCGUUUCUGCAUGUUCCCAAUCCAAUACCCUAAAAUCUGGGAAAUGUACAAAAAAGCCGAAGCCUCAUUCUGGACCGCCGAAGAAGUCGAUCUCUCCCAAGAUAAUCAGCACUGGAUCUCCCUCACCGACGGCGAACGCCACUUCGUUUCGCAUGUCCUCGCCUUCUUUGCCGCUUCCGACGGCAUCGUCUUGGAGAAUCUUGCCGGAAGAUUCAUGAAAGAAGUCCAAGUCUCUGAAGCGCGUGCCUUCUACGGAUUCCAGAUCGCAAUUGAGAAUAUCCAUUCCGAGAUGUAUUCUCUUCUCCUGGAGGCCUAUAUCAAAGAUUCCGCUGAGAAGAACCGUUUGUUUCAUGCUAUCGAGACGAUUCCUUGUAUUACCAAGAAAGCUGAAUGGGCGAUGAAGUGGAUCGAUUCGUCUGAUACUUUCGCUGAGAGAAUCGUUGCUUUCGCUUGCGUUGAAGGUAUAUUUUUCUCCGGUAGUUUCUGUGCGAUUUUCUGGCUUAAAAAACGCGGUUUAAUGCCUGGAUUAACUUUUUCAAACGAGCUUAUUUCACGCGAUGAAGGUCUCCAUUGCGAUUUCGCUUGUUUGCUUUACUCGCUAUUAAAAAAGAAACUUCCAGAAGAGCGCGUGCAGAUGAUUGUUCGCGAUGCGGUUGAGAUCGAGAGGGAGUUUGUGUGCGACGCGCUUCCUUGCGCGUUGGUUGGGAUGAACGGUGAUUUGAUGAGUACGUAUAUUGAGUAUGUUGCUGAUAGGUUGUUGGGGGAGCUUGGGUGUGGGAAGAUUUAUAAUGUGACGAAUCCGUUUGAUUGGAUGGAUCUGAUUUCGCUUCAGGGGAAAACCAACUUUUUUGAGAAGCGCGUUGGGGAGUAUCAGAAGGCUUCUGUGAUGAAUAGUUUGACUGCGAAUGGGACUGAUCAUGUUUUUAAACUUGAUGAGGAUUUUUAGAUCUGGAAAUUAGGGUUAUCUACUAAUAUUUAUAUUUAGUUUUUAAUAAUUGUUCUUGUUUCUCUCACCAUUUUAUGGUUGGGUUUUAAGCGAUUUCUUAUAUUUAUGAUAUUGUUUCAAUUUCAAUGUAAAAAAGCAGUUUACAAAUUUAAUGAAUGUACUAUUUCUUUCAUAAUUCUACUUGAUUGCAAUUUUUUCCUUAUUGACUAAAAUGCCCCUUAUUGUUGUUUAUCGAUUAAUUUUGAUAAAGUUAAAUUUGGGAAUUUAAAUAAGCGAAAUAAGUGCUUAAAACUUAAGUUAUGCACGAGCUUAAAAACGUUUGACACAGAUAAGAUUCGUUUGGGCCACUUUUGCGGUGAGUAGAGUAUUGUUUUGUGGAUCUUUAAUGGCUUCUGGAAUGCAGAGCAGUGGAAUGUUGUCCAGAGAACAACUUUUUCAUCUUUUCGAGCGUUUUAUUAUCCUUACUGCCCAGCCUGGUAUC